CUCGAGCUCGCCCGAUAUCUCGCGAACCUAUCCGAUUACUCAUCUCACUGUCAUACUCGUGGCCGGAUGAAGUUAUUAAUAAUAAAUCCGCUGGGGAUGGCGCAAUUUUGGCUGUCAUUCUCUCAAGCACACCCCUCUGUCGAUAGAAAUCGGACCAAUCUCAUCGCCCGUUCGCAGCAUCUGCUCAUUGAGUGCAUAAAACACCCUAGCUCCCUUCACCAAGGAAAGGAAAGUUCGAGGAUAGGUCCAUUUCACUCUCUCCGCUGUCUAGAGUGCUAUUUCAGUCAUAAUACGCAUUAUCGAGAUUUUCAACCAUGAAGGCAUAUCUUUAUGACAACGCCCCGGGCGAUCAGCGCCUGCCCCAUGAUUCGGGGAAGACAGUGGACGUCGAGGGUCUGAACAAGCUCGGCGUUCUCUACUACCGCUUCCCGGAUGUCGAAGGGGUGAACAAGCUGGCCAGUGAGCGAGGUUACAGGAACCGGGAUGAGAUCACCGUGUCGCCCGAGAAGAUGGGGGCCGUCUACGAAGACAAGGUCAAGAGUUUCUUCCACGAGCACCUCCACGAGGACGAGGAGAUCAGGUACAUCCGCGAUGGCUACGGCUAUUUCGAUGUGCGAAACAAGGGCGACCAGUGGAUUCGCAUUCACCUGCAAAAGGAUGAUCUUCUCAUCCUGCCCGCGGGCAUCUACCACCGGUUCACCACGGACGAGACUAAUUAUAUCCAAGCCAUGCGCCUCUUCAAGGACGAGCCCAAAUGGACCCCCCUGAACCGGUCUGAGGAUCUCGACGCGAACGAGCACCGGCAGACCUACGUGUCGCAGUACCUAAAUUAGUCAAGUCAGUCAGCAUGGCUUUAUGCGGUGUUCUUUUGUCAGUCGCUGCGUAUUCCCUUUCUUCCAGACACUCUUCGUCGCUAGGGGCCAGCUGCGCCUGUAUGUUCGCCAAGCGUAAAUGAUGGGAUUCCAUGUUACUUUAUCUACAGGGCUGUAGUCGGUUAGACGUGUUACUAGUUGCUCCUCAAAGAUGCAAGCUCGCGCCCCCGUCACCUACCCGUUCAGUGACCAUUGCUUUGGGCGCAACUCUCAGCACAUCGACGAACACGGCGGGGAUUGAAACUCUGUUGUAGAUAGCCACUCAGUUUCGACAGCUAUUUUCGAGAUGAUACAAGUCUGGCCUGGCUGGGUAUGGUAUGACUAUUGGGGUAAAGAGUUGGCGAGAGAUUGAUCCACAGGAUUAAUUAUGGCAUGUCUCCCAAGCUGCCAUUGCUGCAAAGAUCUGUGCGCCAGACAAUCAUCCCGUCUCAGAUAGGAGAGGUGC